AUGAAGUUCUCCUUGGCAACAGUUCUGGCCUUGAGCCUCACAGCUGAGGCUCACACCAUCUUCCAAAAAGUCUCGGUCAACGGAGCCGAUCAAGGCUCUCUUGUCGGCCUGCGCGCGCCAAACAACAACAAUCCCGUCUACGACGUCACGUCCAAUGAUAUUGUCUGCCAGCAAGCCGGCACUACUUCGUCUACAAUCAUCAACGCCAACCCAGGCGACAAGAUUGGUGCCUGGUUCCAGCACGUCAUUGGCGGUGCGCAAUUCUCCGGCGACGCUGAUAACCCCAUCGCCAAAUCGCACAAGGGCCCAGUGACGGCGUGGCUCGCCAAGGUGGACAAUGCGGCGUCGGCGUCCAAGACGGGCCAAAAGUGGUUCAAGAUCUGGGAAGACACCUUUGACACGUCGUCCAAGACGUGGGGAGUCGACCGGCUCAUCUCCAACAAUGGCUGGGCCUACUUUACCCUGCCCACGUGCGUCGCGGCCGGCGACUACCUCCUCCGCGUCGAGAUUCUGGCGCUGCACUCGGCCAAGACCAGCAAGGCGGCCCAGUUCUACAUGAGCUGUGCCCAGCUGCACAUUGGCGGCAGCGGCACCACCACGCCGAGCUCCACCGUCUCGUUCCCCGGCGCCUACAAGCAGGACGACCCGAGCAUCCUCAUCAACAUUUACGGCUCCACGGGCCAGCCCGACAAUGGCGGCAAGGCCUACUCGGCCCCGGGUAAUGUCCCAGUCAUGAAGUGCUGA